AUGUCGUCGGUCAAGUUCGACGUCAAGGAGACGGUCGCCAGCGUGACUGGCACCCAGGACCUCGCCAAUGAGGCCGGCGUUGCCCUAGCUAAAGGUGCUGGUGCUGGUGGCUACCUGGCUGUGAGUCUUGUCAAUGCGACUGCGAUGCGACGGCGACUGAUGGACGACUCUAGNGCAUACUUGCGCCAGCUGCAGACCAACCCUCUUCGCACCAAGAUGAUCACCUCGGGCUCGCUUUCUGGUGCCCAAGAAGUCCUUGCCUCAUGGAUCGCAAAGGACCGCAACAAGGAUGGCCACUACUUCACCUCGCGCGUGCCCAAGAUGGCCCUCUAUGGUGCUUUUAUUAGCGCUCCUCUUGGCCACGUCCUCAUCAACAUCCUGCAGAGAGCCUUUGCUGGCCGGACCAGUUUGAGGGCCAAGAUCCUGCAGAUCCUCGCCAGCAACUUGAUUGUUGCCCCCAUCCAAAACACUGUCUACCUCUCCGCCAUGGCUAUCAUCGCAGGCGCCCGCACUUUCCACCAAGUCCGCGCUACCGUCCGUGCUGGUCUGCUUCCCGUCAUGAAAGUCAGUUGGUGCACUUCGCCUCUGGCCCUGGCCUUCGCCCAGAAGUUCCUUCCCCAAGAGACCUGGGUGCCCUUCUUCAACAUCAUCGCCUUCAUCAUCGGUACCUACAUCAACGCACACACAAAGAAGAAGCGCCUGGCCGCCCUGAGAAAGAAGCACUACGGUGAUUCUAGGGCAACUGGUCGUCCCGAAGACGACAGACGUCCCAACUUCUAG